ACAUCUUUGUCAGUGAACAAAAUGGCAACCUACUGUCUGACUGUCUCCCGGCUCCAGCUCGCUCUGGGCCGCGGUGCGAGGCGCCUGCAUGUGACAGCCGCUUUUAACGCCAAAGCCAUGGUCACCAUGAGCCGCUUUGAGCCCAAGUCCUUCAUUAACUAUGAGCAGCUCCAGUCAAAUGUUGACAUUGUACGCAAAAGGUUAAACCGUCCUCUCACCCUCUCAGAGAAGAUUGUGUACGGCCACCUCGAUGACCCCCACAACCAGGAGAUUGACAGGGGCCGUACUUACCUGCGGCUCCGCCCAGAUCGUGUGGCCAUGCAAGAUGCCACAGCUCAGAUGGCCAUGCUGCAGUUCAUCAGCAGUGGUUUACCAAAGGUUGCUGUGCCCUCCACCAUCCACUGUGAUCACCUUAUUGAAGCCUCAUCUGGCGGAGUUGAGGACCUGCAAAAGGCCAAGGAUGUGAAUAAGGAGGUGUACAAUUUCCUGGCCAGUGCUGGUGCCAAAUACGGAGUUGGCUUUUGGAAGCCAGGCUCUGGAAUCAUCCAUCAGAUCAUCCUGGAGAACUACGCCUACCCAGGAGUUAUGCUAAUUGGUACAGAUUCUCACACACCCAAUGGGGGUGGCCUGGGGUCUAUCUGUAUUGGAGUGGGCGGAGCUGAUGCUGUGGAUGUCAUGGCUGGGAUCCCCUGGGAACUUAAGUGCCCCAAGGUAAUUGGAGUAAAACUGACAGGCAGCCUGUCUGGCUGGACCUCCCCCAAGGAUGUGAUCCUGAAGGUGGCUGGGAUCCUUACUGUGAAGGGCGGGACUGGAGCAAUCGUAGAGUACCAUGGACCAGGAGUCGACUCCAUCUCCUGCACAGGCAUGGCGACCAUCUGUAACAUGGGGGCUGAGAUUGGAGCCACCACUUCAGUGUUCCCCUACAAUCACCGCAUGAGGACCUACCUGAACAAGACCGGCCGUGGAGAGAUUGCUGCUCUGUCUGAUGAGUUCGCUGACGUCCUUGUGCCGGACGAGGGCUGCGAAUAUGAUGAGUUGGUCGAGAUUAACCUGGACGAGCUUAAACCCUACAUCAACGGCCCUUUCACCCCUGACCUGGCCCACCUUGUGUCAGACAUUGGGACUGUCGCAGAGAAGAACGGCUGGCCCCUAGAGGUCAAAGUGGGUCUGAUCGGCAGCUGCACCAACUCCAGUUAUGAGGAUAUGGGCCGCGCUGCCUCCCUGGCCAAGCAGGCCCUGGACAAGGGGCUGAAGUGCAAGGCUUCCUUCACCGUCACCCCUGGGUCAGAGCAGAUCCGGGCUACCAUUGAGAGAGACGGAUAUUCCAAGAUCCUGAGUGAUGUAGGGGGUGUGGUUCUGGCCAAUGCCUGCGGACCCUGCAUUGGACAGUGGGACAGGAAAGACGUCAAGAAGGGAGAAAAGAACACCAUCGUCACCUCCUUCAACAGGAACUUCACAGCCAGGAAUGAUGCCAACCCAGCCACACAUGCCUUUGUCACCUCCCCAGAGAUUGUCACAGCCCUGGCCAUCGCCGGCACCCUGAGCUUCAACCCAGAGACGGACUACCUCACCGCUGCCAACGGGGAGAAGUUCAAGCUGGACCCGCCCAAUGCUGACGAGCUGCCAGCCAAGGACUUUGACCCUGGCCAGGACACCUACCAGCACCCUCCCCCUGAAGGUGGGGCCCUGAGGGUGGAAGUCAGCCCCCAGAGCAACCGCCUGCAGCUGCUGGAGCCUUUCGACAAGUGGAACGGAAAAGACCUGCAAGACCUGCAGGUCCUCAUUAAGGUGAAGGGGAAGUGUACCACAGACCACAUCAGUGCCGCCGGACCCUGGCUCAAAUUCCGUGGUCACCUUGACAACAUCUCCAACAACCUCUUGAUCGGAGCGGUCAACAUUGAAAACGACGGAAUCAACAGUAUCAAGAACCAGCUGACCGGAGAGUACGGAGGCGUGCCUGAUGUUGCUCGUCACUACAAGGCCAACGGGCUGUCCUGGGUGGUGGUGGGAGAUGAGAACUACGGGGAGGGCUCUAGCAGAGAGCAUGCUGCCCUGGAGCCCAGACACCUCGGGGGACGCGUCAUCCUCGUUAAAAGCUUCGCUAGGAUUCACGAGACCAAUCUGAAGAAGCAAGGCAUGCUGCCCCUGACCUUCCAUAACCCAGCUGACUAUGACAAGAUCCGCCCUGACGACAAGAUCUCCAUCACAGGACUCAAGGACUUUGUCCCUGGCAAGCCGCUGACAGCAGUGGUGAAGCACUGUGACGGCACCCAGGACACGUUUCAGCUAAACCACACCUUCAACGAGACCCAGAUUGAGUGGUUCCAGGCCGGCAGCGCCCUCAACAGGAUGAAGGAGCUGCAGUAAAGAGACAGCCAGGAAUAGGAGGGGCCUGGAUGGUAAUAGGAGGGACUUAUAGAAGAGGAGGGGCACAGAGAGAAAGAAGGGGUUUGCUUCAGAUGCAGGGGACAACAGGGGAGGGGGUCGGAGAAUGUACAUUCAGGUGAAAUACUGUUACCCACCCUAAGAUACUUCAGAGAAAGUAGAGAGCAUUAACUGUACUUGGCUUCACUCUCAGGGGUGUACUAGUGAGGGUAACAGGCAGCAGCUGUUAUCAGCUGAUAUAGGGUCACAUCUUCUACAAUCCUCACUUGAAAUGGGGUGUAGAGUUACGAAUCCUGAAUUGGGAGGGGUGGGGGAAGAGGUGAGGUGGGACUAGUCAAGGAGAAGAGUGGACUGGUGACCUUUCAACCAGGAUGUGUUUUUUGUGGAACUAAAGCCACACCUGUAGAUUUAACGCUCAAAUUAAUUUAACUUCUGGACCACUUGUAUGACCUUCCCAACUCUCUGUAGACAUGACACAUACACACACACAAACUGUUCACAGGACUGUUUACAUUACUCCAAAGAGGAACUAAUGUAGAGCUAUAAAAGCUACUGUGAGUCCUCUGUAUCUUUCAGUCUGGUGGAUGUGUUGGGAGAACAGAAACUGUGUAAAAGGGGAAGUUGCCACAGAAUCUCAAACAUGCAUUUGCACACGUGCUUGUGUCCUUUUUGGACCUAAGCCCUUGUUGUUAUACUGCCAACUGCAGCUCUGCUCAUGUUUUCACAGCUGUUCAAAACGGAUUGGUCAGGCUUGAAGCUAGCGUCAGGUGUACACUAGCUAGCUAUUUCCACUUUGAGUUGCUUCAGCAUGAAAUAUAAUGGAUCACUGUCUGUGAUUCACUUCUUGCUUUCUCUUACCUGCUCUAAUCACAGACACACAAAUGCAAUGAGCUUUAUUUUGUUGUACUGUAUUUCUGCAUUUUAGCAAAUCAAAAGCCUAGUUAAGAAUUGUAUGUUUCUACAUGAUGAUGGACCUCUGGCUAGAUCCUCCACACCAAGCCUUCUUUAGCUUACUUCACUCACACUACCAUCACCACUCCCAUUUCCUGAGGUCAUAGGAACAUCUUUACUGAAUAUUGUUAACAAGCAAGUCAAAGCUUUCAAGAUUUUUAUUAGAGUGGCUAUUUAUUUAUUUUUCUCAGAAAGGCUAAGAUGUGCAUUUUAAUGAACUUGUCUUCCUUUUUUGUUUUGUAUGGCGGUUUGGUCAGAUAUGAGGGGCUGCGGUGUGACUUCCACUUUUUCACACUUUUCCUGUAACUUUUGAGCACCCUUUUUUGUAGGGUUCCUUGUGUGUUCUGUCUUUACACCCUGUGUCAAAUCCCACUUCACCUCAGUUACAUAGCAGUGGUGGAGAACCCUGCCUCUUGACAGGCACACAGACGGACUCUUCAUUUAUCUAAAUGCAAGAACCUAAACAGUGUCAUCUACAAAAAUCGAUGUAUUUUUCUGUAUCAUGUGAUAACUGUGAUUGAGUUGCUCUACCACUGUUGGACAGAAAUCGACCUUUUCUAGUGUCCUCUACUCCCACCCACCCCUAGACAGUACGUAUGGACAGGACACACAUACUUUUCACACAGUUCUGAUAUUUUCAUGUUAACUUAUUGUUAUCAUCACCCCCUCCUCUGACCCAUGCUAUAAGUCUGGUUCCAUGUAUAUUUAAAUCAUUUUUCUUUUUUUUUCUCUCCCUGUAUUGCAAAAAGGAAGUAUAUUCAGUCGCAAUGGGUUGUAAAAUAAAGUGACAUUUAAAUGAAAA